AUGGGAAUUAAGUUUAACUUGUAUCAAAUAAUAUUUAAAAUAUUAUUAAAUGGUUUUUCAAAAAAACAAAAAGAUCUUUAUGAAAAUUCAACAACCAAUGGAGGUAGUGAGUUUAAUGAUGAGAUUAUUGAAGAAUUUAGUAGUCAAGAGUUAAAAGAGAGAGGUCAAUUAAAACAAAAGGAUAAAUCAACACCAUCAUCAUCAACAAAUAUUGAAAGCCUACAAUUACUUCAAAAUAUACUAAUUUCAAAUGAAUUUAUAUGGGAAUGGGAAGAUUUUUUUCAAUUUUUAAAUUCAACAGAAUAUGAAAGUAAUCAUCACAACUACCAUAACAAUAAUAUUAUUGAAACAAGAAAUAGUUCAAAUAAAUUUUAUAUUUUAACAUUUAAAGAAGAGUUACAAAUUGAAUUAUUAAAUUGGUUUCUUGUAUUAUUAAAUAGCUUUGAUAGUGAAAAUACUCCAUCAACUAUUUUAGUGAUACCAAAAUUAUCUUUAAAGAAUUGGUUAUUGAAUACCUAUAUUCAAGAUUUAAUAGGAUACAGUACAUACUCUUCAAAUCAUUUUAUUAGUUUUAUCGUUGAUUCAUUACUUUCAACAAUCGAUUUUCAUUUGGAUAUUAGUAUAAAUCAAAAUUAUGAAAAUAGAAAACUAUCCAAUAAUAAUAAUAAUAAUAAUAAUAAUAAUAAUAAUAAUAAUAAUAAUAAUAAUAAUAAUAUUAAUAAUAUUAAUAAUGAUAAUAAUAAUCAAUCAUUCAAUCUAUAUUAUCCAUUUACAACUUUUUAUAAAAAAGAUAUAGAUGAUGAAAUUAAUUUUGUAAUUGAUAGUAUGAAUAAUUCAAUAACUAAAAAAGAGAAAGAUCAACAACAACAAGAGCAUCAAGAACCAUUUAAUUCGUAUCUAAAGGGUUUUAUUAAAUCACAGUUUCAAAAUAAAUGGUGUGGUAGUUUAUUGACACCAUACAAAGCAUUACAACAACAACAACAACAAUCAAUUGGUAAUCAAGAUAUAGAGGGCAUUAAUAAUGAUCAAAUAAUCGAUUUGAUGAAUGAUGAUCAAGAUGAAGAUGAAAGUUUUAAUCAGCAUUUACAAGAUUGGUCAAUUCAAUUCCAAACAUUAUUACCAGAAUUCACUAAUUUCACAGAGAAAGAGGGUAUCACAGAUAGUAGUCACCUAUUCAAUCCUUUUACAUUUUCUCAAACUGAUCAAAAUUCAUUAAGUCAGGGCAGUCAAUCAAAUAAAUCACAAGAAAACAAUGAAAAUCAUUCAAAAACAAUCAUAUCAAAAGCAGCAACGAUAACAACAGCAGAGAUAGCAACAUCUAAAACAAAAGAUCAGAAAGAAAAAAUUAAAGCAACAUCAAAAACAACAACAACAACAACAACAACAACUACAACAACAGCAACAACAUCAUCGAAACAAUUGGAGAAUGAAGAGAUAUCAAGUAUUUUAGCAAUUCAUUCAUUUUUCACAAGUGGUGAAGCAUUAAAAUCAAUAUCUAUGGUAACAAACUUUGAUGAAGAUAAUUUUGAUCCUUUAACUCAAAAUUCAUCAACAAAUGUAUCUUCCAUAUCAUCCUUAAUAAAACCAUUGCUAUCAAUAUCAAAUAUAAAUGAAGCCAUUAGAUUAUUAGAGGUACACACUUACACAGAGGAUAAAUUUAUAUCAUUUUUCAAAGAGAUUAUAUCUUUAGAUUUUAGUUAUUUAUCAAUUUAUCAAUAUUUUUCAUUACUAAUUUUACCUAAAAUUAGAGAAUUAAAAGAAAUAGGUAGAGGUAUGGUUGAUUUAUUGACAGAAUGUUUCUUAAAACAUCAAUCAGCUUUUAUUCAAUCGAUAAUGGUCCCUUUAAUUUUGGAGAGACCAACAGAGUUUCAAAAUCACCAUUUAAAUUUAGUAAAGAAAUUAAUAUCACACAAAGAUAUUUCAUUGGAUAUUAAAACUCAAUUCUUUUCAGCUUUAGUAUCUUCAACACUCAAUCAAACACAAUUCACUUGGAAUCAAAAUAUAAUCUCUGUUUUCUCUACUCUUAUUGGUUUAAAAUUAGUUUUAAAUGAAAAAAUUAUUACAGAUUUUAUAGAUAAUUUAUUAUUACAAUCAAAAUUAUUAUCAAAAGAUUCAAAUUUCUUUAAUCUAGUACACAGGUUUAUGAGUUCUUAUAUUAAAAAUUUAAAGCAAUUUGAAAAUAAACUUAAUCAAGUCGUUUCAAAUAUAGAUUUACCAACUGCAAAAGCUUUAGUUGCAAUAUUAAGUAAAAUAAAAUCUAGUUGA